UUCUUUUCCAAAUCGGCUGCAGCCGUCAGUAAAAAUUUCCAACUAACUUUUUGUGCAAUCCAAAGUUUUCCUCAAAGUACCCGUGAAAGUAGUGAAAAAUAGUGCAAUUCGUGAUUAAUUCUGUGCACCACCAAACCGCGAGGUGCACCGGAAGUCCCGCACGAUGAAGCGCAAGCACCACUACACUUCCGCCACGAACGUGGCCCAGAUCGUAUCUGCGCGCAACAACGGCGGAAAUGAUCCGAUCUUGUUCCAGAAUCGGCUCAAGUCGGCCCGCCCCUUCAUCGACAUGAUCGAGCUGGAAGCGGAACUGAAGGGCCACAUGGGCUGCGUCAACUGUCUCGAGUGGAGCGAAGACGGCCGGAUUCUAGCUUCGGCCUCCGACGAUUUCCACGUGAUGCUGUGGGAUCCGUUCACGCAUCGACAGCUGUACGAUCUGGUCACGCCCCACGACGGGAACAUUUUCUCCGUCAAGUUCAUCCCGAAGCGAAACAACUCGAUCCUGGUGACGGGCGCCGGCGACUGUCGGACGUUCGUGUUCGACGUGAACCGCGGGAACGACUUCCCCCUGCGGAAGUGCACCUGCCACGGCCAACGGGUCAAGCGGUUGGCGACCGUUGCGCGCCACUCGACGCUGUUCUGGUCGUCGGCCGAGGACGGGAAGGUGUUCCAGCACGAUCUGCGGACGCCGCACACGUGCCGCGCCGACGACGCCAUCGUGCUGAUCAACCUGCGCAACCACAUCAGCGACAUCCCCGAGGUGAAGUGCAUCGCGUUGAAUCCGCACCGGCCGGAGCAGAUCGCCAUCGGGGCGAACGAUUGCUACGCGCGGGUGUACGACCGCCGGAUGCUGUCACUGAUGAAGCUCAACGCCACCGGCGAGACCGUGAAACCGAGCGAGCUCGACGGCGGGGACAACAUUCCGCGGGACGGAUGCGUCCAGUACUACUGUCCGGGCCACCUGAGCCGUUCGAAGGAACCGGUGUACUCGAUUUUCCAGCAGAAAGCCAUCACCUACCUGACGUUCAGCCCGGACGGGACGGAGCUGCUGGUGAACAUGGGCUCGGAGCAGAUCUACCGGUUCGAUCUGAACCGGCCGCGGGAACCGAUGUUUCUUCAGUUGCCCAAGUUUACGGAGCACCUCAACGGAACGAACGGGACGACGGUCAAGAACGGCGAAAAGGUCAAACAGAAGCUUCCAGCCGAGGUCGAGCAGAUGAAGAAAGAGGGCAACGCUAACCUGGAGAAGGAGAAGUACCUCCAGGCGAUCCAGCAGUACACGUUGGCCAUCCGGAAGGCCCAGGAGAAGGACUGCUCAAUACUGUACCUGAACCGGGCGACGGCCCUGAUGAAGCGGAACUGGUACGGUGAUGUGUACGCGGCGGUACGUGACUGUCAUCGGGCCUUGCGGCUCGAUCCACACUACGUCAAGGCCCAGUUCCGGCUGGCCCGGGCGCUGCUCAAGCUGGGUCAGCUGCGCGAGGCGUCCGAAUGUUUGGCCGAGCUGAUCCGGCGGUUUCCCUCGUACGCGAAGAACCACGGCGUGCUGAUGCUGGAGAAGGACAUCGAGGCGGAGCUGGAGAAGCAGCGGCAGCGGGUGCGCGAUCAGCCGCAGGACCAGGACGCGGAUCAGUUCUCCGGGAAUGAGAUGGCUUGGAGAGCGGCUGCGCUGGAUUACGAAGACUGUUACGUUGGGCAUUGCAACACCAAGACCGAUAUUAAGGAGGCCAACUAUUUUGGCGAUUCGAAUUAUAUUGUUGCCGGCUCCGACGACGGCAACUUCUUCAUCUGGGAGCGGGACAGCGGCCUGAUUGCGUCCAUCUACCAGGCGGACGAACUGAUCGUCAAUUGCGUCCAGCCCCAUCCGCACGUGUGCAUGCUGGCCACCAGCGGCAUCGACCACGAGGUGCGGCUCUGGUCGCCGCAGUCCAGCCAGGAGAACGCCCCGGCUAAACACCGGGUGGACAGUGCCGUGCUGGAGGAAACGGUCACCGCGAACCAGGGCCGCAUGCAGCAGGACCCGUUCGACACGAUAGCCCCGGACCAGAACAUGUGCCGGACGAGUUAGUUCCGGGAUGUUUCAACCUAUUUCAUGUGAUUGAGCGUAGUGUUAAUAAAUUAUUCGCCUAGGGUACGAUUUUUAUAGCUGGACUUCACCGCCCACCCCAACAAAA